CUUCCUCCCCCAUGGAAAUGGAAAAUGGAAAAUUCCUACAUUUCGUUUCCUCUGCUUUUCGCUUCCAGUUUCAGAAGAUGAGACUUACUUAUUUGUCUAUAAUUAUUUGAGUGUCUCAUCUCAGGAAGAAGAAACCAAUAAACAUUUGCAGAGAGAGAGAGAGAGAGAGACCCAUUACUCUCUCUGUGGAAGGAAAUAGCAAUAAGCUUCAGUGAUGGCGCAGUUUGCAGCACAAGGGCGAGUUAAGUUGCUCUUUAACGGCGAGGGAGUGGCAUUGGAACAAAAAGGAGACCCAUUUAACAAUUGCAUGUUCACAUCAAUCCAACCCCACACUUACAACCGCAGGCUCGGCAGGCCACACCUGGAUUCUACUAGGCUUUACUCUUCUUCUUCUAUGAACAAGGCAAAGCGUUUGAAUGCCGAGGCCCGUUUGUUUGUUGGCGGCGAUGAGGCUGGUCCUGGUCAUGACGAUGCUGCUGAGUUUGAGAGGGAUGAUGAGUUGGCUUGUUUCAGAGGCCUCGUCUUGGAUAUCUCCUACAGGCCAGUUAAUGUUGUCUGCUGGAAGCGUGCUAUUUGCUUGGAAUACAUGGAGAAGGCGGAUGUACUUGAAUACUAUGAUCAGACUGUAAAUUCCCCAAAUGGAUCCUUCUACAUACCUGCUGUCCUAAGGGUUCCGCAUUUACUGCAGAUUGUAAAGAGAAGAAGAAUUAAGAACAAUCUUAGUCGUAAAAAUAUACUAUGUCGGGACAGUUUCACUUGUCUGUACUGUUCUUCACGUGAAAACUUGACUAUUGACCAUGUUUUGCCAAUUGUACGUGGUGGAGAAUGGAAGUGGGAAAACCUGGUCACUGCAUGUGCAAGAUGCAACUCGAAGAAAGGGCAGAAGACAUUAGAGGAAGCAAAUAUGAAGCUCACUAAAGUCCCCAAGGCUCCAAAAGACUAUGACAUACUUGCCAUACCGCUGACCAGUGCCGCAAUUAAAAUGCUGAAAAUGAGAAAGGGAACUCCUGAAGAGUGGCUCCAAUACUUAUCAAAGCCUUCUUCAGAGCCAUGACAUUCAUGGAUUGUUGCAGUUGUACAUUUAUGUGCUUCGUCCAUGUUAGAUGUGUGCUCACCCUUGGUGCUCAAGUCUCCUAAAAGCACAUCAUUGCUGAUUUGAUUUGCUUUAUUUGCCUUUAGAAUUGUAAAAUAUUCAUGUAUAGUAACUCAAUAUCUGAUCUAGUAUAACUCUACCUUGGUUUAGGCCUUUAUUGUAUAAAUUUGAAAGGUCAAAAA